GCAAUCUCUACUUUUCUACCGUAUUUACAAAAACUUGUAUACCUAAUAUUAUUAUCACACGUAGACGCAGACGCAGACUGCUAGACUUGGUGCUUGAACGGUUCGUCGUUACGUAGAUUCUAUGCUCCAUCAGUGAUUCUUAAUAAUAAUAUAAUUUUUUUAUUUUGACAGAAUAAUACCUUAGAAUAACAACUUACAAUAUUAAAUGUUAUUUACAAAUGCAAUUCUCUAUUUUAAUUGAAUACACAGUAAUAAAGUAAGUAACUAACAUAAUAAUUGAUCAGCCCUAAACAUAUUACUUGCCUACCUAUGCUAGUACACAAUUGGUAUUCAAAUAUCUAGAAUUUUAGAAUGUCAAAUCACUUGUUAUUUACAGUAUUUAGAUAUAAACAUUUAAAAAUAAUAGGUUAAUUAUUUUUGUUAUUAUAUUGUAGGUAUUAGUAGAGAAACGAACCGAGACUAAUAAUUGACAUGAAUUGACCGACAACAAUCGAUGCUGACAAUAUUCGUAAGUAAAUGAUUAUUUUAUUGUCUGCCACCUGGAUAGCUAGGUAUCUAAUCUUAAGUAUUAUAAGGACUAACAUAUUUUAUUGUUACUUCAUUUUUAAAAUAGAUAGGUAAUUAUUAUUUUCAUAUAAACAUUUGUACAUCUAUGUAAUAGGUGUUUUAUUUAAUAAAUCUAUUUUGUUACUAAUAUAGUAUUUACUCUCAUCAAUUAUAUGAUUGUUAUGGAUUUAUUCUCAAUUUAGGUAUAUGAAAAAAGUAUUGACAUCUAGGUAGGCACUCAUUAUUUAGGUAAAAAAUAGUUCAAAGUAUUGUAAUAUAUUCUGGAAUCAUUAUUUUUAAUUUUAUAACCUAGCAGUUUAAAAUGUUAAAAUGGUUAUUAUUUCAGCAUAAUUGAUGCCUACAUAUUAUUACUAUUUAUUAUAAAUUACGAGCAGGUGUUUAAAAAUUGAAGCACCUGUUGGUUUCUGUAUAAAAUAAAGCUACCUUUUAUUUUUAUUAUUUGUUAAUUAACAAUUAAAUUUACAAAAAAAAUAAUAAUAAUAAUAAUAAGGUAGGUAGGUAUAUAUUACCUAAUAUUAUCUGGUCUUCAUAACCAUAAGUUAAAAUAAUAUAACAUAAUAUUAUCUAUCCUAGAUGAUAUUAAAGUAUAAUUAUAUAAAGUAAUUCAAAAUAUAAAAAGUUUAAAAUAUAAUAAUAAUAAUAAUAAUAUUAAAGUUAUAUUAAAUAUUAUUAAUAUUCAUUAAUAAAAUAAAAAUGUUGUAAAUGCAUAUUUUUGUCUUAAAUUAAUAUUCUUCAUUUUUAAAUUGAGUAGUUGUUAUAUUAUGAAAAUUGGUGGUUAAACAAAAAUUAAUUAUUUAGAAAAUAUUUAGAAAUUUACUAGAAUAAAUUAAUUUUUUUUUUACUAAGUUAAUAGCACUGAAUUUUGAAGAAGUACCUACGGUCUUAUUUCCUUUGUGUUCAUUCAAAUAUCAUAAAACAUAAUAAAAUUAACAUAUUAAUGUUUAUUAUUGUAUUAUUGUAUUAAAUAGUCAUUGUAUGCUAAACAUUUCAUAAGAUAUACAUAAUAUUUUAUAACCAAGAAUCACAUUUAUUUUAUGUAUUUUUAUAUAUAAAUUUUUUUUCCUUGAAAAAUAACCUGUAGCUAAGAUACAUAAUAAUAAACAUUUUUGUAAAAUUCACCAGCAGUUAGUACUUAUUAUGGAGUGAAUUAUGUGAAAUAAUAAUAAUAUAAAAUAAAUGAAAUAAUAUUAUUGUAUUAACCAUUGGAUUCCUAUAAAUCAUCAACUAUGUUUAGUUUUUAGUUUUCUUUUUGGAUAUUUGGUUUCCUAUUGCCUUUGAAAUAGACUACCUAGUCAUUUUUAUAGUUACCUAUUACAAAUUUCCCAGAAUGACAUUUAUAAUAAUAAUAAAGUCCAAAAAAAUAUAUUAACUUAAAUAAUUUUUACAUUUAAUUUAAAACUCAAUGUACAAUAAAAACACGUAAGAAUAUUUUAUUUAUACCUAACUUUUUUUAUGUAAUUUAAAAUAUCAGAUUGUAUACCAAACUAAAAACCUAUUUAUUUUAGUUAGCCUAUUUUAUUUUUUAUUAUAUUUUUUUUAAAUUUGUUUUUAUAUAUUUAUAACUGUAUUUAAUUUAAUAUGUAUGUAUUUGCUUUGUAGAAUGGAGCUGAGCAAAUUUCAACAAAUACCACAGAUACAAAAUUGUAUCAAAACAAAGAACUCAAUCCUAUAAGAAAAAUUAAGGUAAGAUAUUUUGUUUUACAACCUUAUAAUAUUUUAUAUCUAGAUAAUAAUUGAAAAAUAAUAAGUUUGUAAUUUUUAAAAAAAAAAAACAAACAAAAAAAAUAAUGAUUUUAUUAUACUGGCCUAUUACUAGUUGGUUAAUUGGGUGUUUGUGUUAAUAUAAUAAUAUUAUCAUCACAAAUAUUUUUUUUUAUAGUUACUUAUAACUUAACAUAAAACAAGAUAUAUUUAUAGGUAAUGAUAAUUUUUUUAAAUUUUUACUUUAUAUAUAGUGGGGAAAUGUGAAUUUUUAUGAUAAACCACAAUUAUUUAAAUAUUAAGAGUAUGUUUAUCAAUGUAAAUAUGUUUAUCAAAUAGCAAGGUGAUCUUUAAUGUUCAAUUCUUAGUAGGUAGCUAUUUAGUAUUCAAUGAUAAACUGAAUGAAUUCUUUUUCUUUUUUGAGUUUUUUUUUUACGUUUAUUUAAUAUUGUGUGUUAUGAGUUUAUGACUGACCCAAUAUAAUAUUAUGACACUACUGUAUAAUUGAUUCUUCAGGUAAAUAUUAUACAAUUUACAUAUUUGUAAUUAAAACAUAUCUGUAUUAUAAUAAUUUAUUACCUACUGUUACAUUUUUAAAUAAAGUAAUUAAUAAACAAAUUAUGAUUCAUUUUUAUAAAAUUAUCAAUAUCCAUGACUUUGAUAAUGAAUAUUUAAGGUCAAUAUUAUACUAUUUAUUAGGUACUUUUAUACAUAAUAUGUAUUAUAAAUAUAUAAUUUAUUGAAAAAAAAUUAAAAUAAUAAAAUAUAUUAAAUUAAAAAUUAGAUAGCUAAGUCUGUUGCUCGGUCCAUAUUUUGUUUAUCUGUAAAUAGGGUAAUUUAAUUACUUGUAUUUUAGUUUAAUAUGUUUACAUUAAAUUUGAGUGAAAAGGCAAUUAUUUAUAUUAAGAUUUGUUUUUAUUACUUUUUGUUAGUAAAAAUGGUACAUAUUUUAUUACUUACACCAAAAAAUAUGUGUUUUUAACCCGCUUGUACUAUAUUUAAAACUGUUAGGAGUUUCAAAAACUUUUCUAAAAAGUUAAAAAUUUUACAUCAAAUGAUGAUAUGCCGUUUUAAUUUUAUGAAUUUCUUCGUAAUAGGUAUUUGUUACAAACAUAACUACACAAUUAAUAUGAUAAUACCAGUUGUUUGAGCUCUGCUAAGUAUUGUUUUUUAAACAACAAUGAUUAGUAACAAUUUAUUGUUGCUUUCAGUAAAUUUAUGAAAUUACCCUGCAACCUAUACUUUUCCAACUUCCUUCCUACAUAUAGUGUGAAGUAUAUCCCAUUUAUUUGGAAGUUUAUUGUUAUAACUUAUAUUAUUACACAAGGAUCACAUAUUUUGUUCUUCAUAAAUAUCGAUUGCGUAUGUUUAUUUAUUUUAAUAAUUAUUUUUUUACGCUAAUUAGUUAUAAUACCUAUUUAUCGAAAAAUAAUUUUCUUAGGGAAUUUGUAUAAAAACUAUUAUGUUUAAAGAAUUUGUCUCAUACGCUUAUUGUUUAAUUAAUUAUUCCUAAUAAUUUUUAGUAAAAAAAACAUUGCUGAUUAUUAUUGUUGAAAUUUCAUUAAGAAUAUAUAUUAUUACUUUUAUUAGAGUUCCUUCAUAGCUAAUUUGUGUAUUUAUUAUCCUGGCAGUUUUCAUCAUGAAACGGAUUUCACAAUCAAUCUCCUCUUUUUUUAAAAAAGUAAUAUGAUCUUCUUUAAAGUAUUUUGUAAUAAUACAAAUUAACUAAAAUAUGAGCCCUAAUAAUAAAUAAUAUUGGGGCUAAUUUAUUAUAAUAAAAAUAAUAGUGUACAAUAAUUAACAUUUAUUGGGCAUAUAUGAUUUUAAUAUGCAUUAUAAUUGUAUAUAUUAUAACAAAAAAUCAUAUGUAUUAGACAAAUCUCGGAGUAUGAGAUUUAGAGAAACAUAUUGUAUAAAAUUUUAGUAAAAUCUCAUACAUUUUAUUUGUUUCAUUAAAUCUUAUUCAUUUGAAUUAUCCAUCUUACUUUUCCAGAAUAUCUAAAUUUCUCACAAGUUCAUUGCAGUCAUCUCGCACUUUUCACAUUUCCAAUUAUUUAGAAAGGUUUAUUUCUUCUUAUCUCAGACUUUUUUUAAUACAUGUUUCCACCUCAUUUUUUUCUAGAUUUUUCAGCAUUUUCCUCAUUGGAUUUUCCAACACACUGCUCAUAAUAAUUAGGCUUCUCUGUGUGUGUCUAGCUCAUUAACUAGUCUUACUUUUUUAAUGAUUUCUAAAGUAUCCUUUUCUUCGAACAGUCUAAGUGUUAUCUGUUAUUAUUCUGGCAGUUUUAUAGUUUGUUGAACUUCGAGGACGGCUUACGUAUGCAAACACAAUAUCUACACAAAUAUUAUUUUUAAAAUUGUUUGGCCUUCUUAACUUCUACAGUGAUUAUAUUAUUUAUUUGAUAGAAUUAUUUUUUUCAUUUUUUAGUAUUUUUUCAUUAUAUCAUGAUACAUUUACUAUCUUUGUAAAUAUUGAGUAAAAUUGAUUUUGUUUUUACUCAGUUAUUGUAUAGAAUCGUUUAACGAUCAUGUUCACAAUAUUUCCAUAAUUAUAUUGCUUUACCUAUUUUCGGAAAUAUUAGGUAUAUUAGAUAUCUAUUAGUCGCUUGUCUGGUUCAGUUCUGUUACGUCAAAUUUAUUUACGUAACGUAACACUUAAAUACGAUUUUUCCCUGGAAAAAAUCUUAUUCAAUUAUUAAAAAUAAUGCAACAAAUUGUACAUAACUGUUCAUACUAUAAAAGAUGCGGAUUUUUCACCCGGUAAUAGUUUAUUUGUUACAUUUUUCUAGAUAACCAAUAAUUUUGCUAAAUGUUUAACAAAAUUUACAACGUUGAUUUUAUUUUUGGUUGAUAUUUUGGUAACCUUGGCUACAAGUGAAAAUACACGACUAGUAUAGUAGUUACAGGUUUACCGAGCUCAUUCGUGUCGCGUUUUGAUUGUAAUGAUUAAGGUUCUUAAAGAGACUUACUGCAUUUGUAUAUUUUUUCGUAGUGUCUGUAGAUUAUUCUAGAUAAUUUAUACAUUUAUUUUAUGAAAUUCUGAAAUUAAAUACAAAGUUUGAAUUUACAUAUUUUGGUCAUAUUUUAGGUGAAGUGUGUAUUUUAGCAAUUUUUACCAUAUAUGUGUACAUUUCGCAUUUUUAAUUUUUGUAUACUUUCAAUUGUCGGAAAAAUCGUUUUUGAAAAACAUAUAAACAUAUUCUUUUUAAUAAAUUACUUUGGGUAUUUAGGCCGUAGGUACGUGUCUCUUUAUCUUUAUCGAUCUUCAUCAACCCUGUUAUCGACGGUUUGUAUUAUGUAACUAUUCAUUUUUGAGAUUUGUAUUAUAGUUUAUGAUAGUUAUAAUAUGUUAAAUGCGUUUUUUAAAUUAAAUAAAAAAAUUACCUGGUUAUUUGCAUGCAUAUUCCGAUCAUUUUUAUUGCAACAAGUCCCGAACCAUAGUAAUGAUAUUGUAAUCGUGUCGUUUUAAAUAUUAUAAAAUAUUAUCGGUAAACCACUUAACCCCAUAUCCUUAACAUUGGCCACGACCCACCUACAACAAUGGCCGACCCGCGGUACGAAGUGUGUUCGCAUUUCCUUUUAUUAUUAUUAUUAUUAUUUUCUCGCGUGUUGCCGGCGCCCGUUGCAUCGUCGUCGGCUGCGGCUGCGGUGUCGUUGAACUUACGUCGCGACGAGCGUGUUGGGCCGCGUACCUUAACACCCGGCGUCGUCGUCGCCCACGUCUCCGUCGUCGGCCCGACGCACUAGUGACUUAUUUGUGCGGGGCGCCCAAGGUGGAAAAUCAAUGCGCCGCGUUCUCCGGUCGUCGUCGGGUACCGGAGAGGAAAAAUAAAAAAAAAAACCGAAAUCGUGACACGUGUCGUGAUGCAAUAUCAUAACAAUAAUAUAUCUAUAGGUUUGGGAUAUCUACGGUAUCUAUGUCUGUUGGUCGUGCUGUGUGGCACCGUGUGCCGCGCGCACGUCGUGUCCGUUCCGGCCGCCGACGGAUCGUUUGCGUUUCGUCCGGCCGAAUGAUAAAUCGUGUCGCCGUGCGCCCGGCGGUUGAUUGAUUAACCGAACGCGAUGCGUGUGCUCCCCUCGCCCGUUCCCAUUGGCGGGCGGAGGCGGGCGACUUGUGUAUUGUUUCGUCACGACCGUGUCCACAUCGCGUGUCGUCCGCCCGCUAUAAUAUGCGAUCCUACAUCCGCAGGUGGUCCCGUCCGGUCGUAUCCACGGCUUAUCGGGAGACCAGUGUCGUAUUUACAUGUUUACCGCUUGUGUAGGCCUGUGGAAAAAUUGCUGCCUUAAAUUAUUAAAAUACAAAUUAUUCGAAAAGGACCCCAAAAAACCACUUCUAAACUCAGAGAAUGAACUGAUCGUCAACGAACAUUUGUUCCUCUAUUAAUCAAUUGGCCUGUUGAACUGCAUAUUUUUAAUCAAAUAUCUUGUUUACUCACCGUGUACACGUUUAGAGUUGAUUAGAGUUCGUUGUAUUUUGAUUAAUAAUGUUUUUCGUCGAAUCUGCUUCCAAAAUAGAAUUGCAUCAUUUGAGUUUAUACUGAUAUUAGUCAACCCACGUGACAUGCUAUUAUAUUUAUAUUUAACCAAGCCAUCUACACUGGAUAAAUUUGUUACCGUUUUAUUAUCAAUAACCUUAAGAUUAGUUUUUUCGCAUAAUAGUAUCAGUGAUAUUAUAAUCACUAUUAUCUGCGAAAGAAGUACCAGGAGCUGUAUUUAAAAUUUAAAAAAAAAAAAUCGGUUUGUUUAUGAUUUUGAUUUAAAAUCACGCAUUAUAUCACUUAUAUAUCGCAUGGAUACCGACAAGUCAAGGAUCGUUAGGGGGGGUCAAUGAACAUUGUUGUUUGAAAUGGACAUUUUUUGCUUCAAGUCGCUUAAACGGCAUGCUAUUUAAUUUUUGUUUUCAAUUUUCAAAUUUCAUUUUGUAUUAUUGUUUUCAAUAAUACAAAGUCAAAAAAAUCAUUUUUACUUAAAAAUUACUUUUUGGGUGACACACUACUCGAAAUAUUCAGGUCGAUUUUAUCAUACUAAUAUUUGUGAAUUACUAAUGAUUUGAGACAAGUUUUUAGUGCAUGGGUAAUAUUAUUGUUUAUAAAAAUGAAUCAAUGGUAAUUGGUGUACCGAUAUUUUGUUAACGGCAUCGUGGCACUAUUAUAUAAAUCAUUUUGAAAUAAUACUUUACGUGUGAAACGUAUGGGUAGGGUUUGUAGUCGGUCGGGCGAAUAUUGGGUAUUUGAGUAUAUUUAUAUAUUCAUUUAACGGGUUUCGGAAAGAAUAGGUCUUAACUCGACAGUGAUGAUCACUCUUUGUCAGAGUUUUUUUCCACGCUAGUCGUACCUUCGGUAUUAGUAGUAGGCAUAUAAUAUUUUAUGCUGGAUCGACACGUUUAGUUAUUCGUAUCUUUCUCUCUUCUUCAGUCGUUACAUACCACGAGCGUCGGGUGAUUAAUGCAUUUCAUCGGCAGAUCAUAAUAAUAUAACAUCGUGAUAGUUAUGUUAUAGGGUAUCUACUCGUUAUCGUUGCUGGACGCAGUAAAUAAUAAUGUGGAAAAUAUAAAUAUCCUUCGGGUGUUUCGAUAACGCCGAUAAGAUAACAAAUAACCACCCGCAGUGAGAUCUUCUCGUUCUUGAUUUUUUAAUGACAUCGGUCUACGAUAUAAUAUUAUUAAUCUGAAAUAUUAUGUUGCGAUACGUUUACCAGCAGCUGUGGUACAUAUUGUAAGUUUUUGAUUUCAUAUCGAUUUUUUUUUUCAAACACGUGUUGUCUAUAUUAUAAUUUCAGAUUGUAAGAAAUAUAGUACUUAGUGAUUUGUCGGUUUCGUCGGAACGAUGUAAUGGUAUUCGAUUAGGUGAUUUUCUGUUUUCGUCUUGCACACGUGCAACAUAGAAAUUAAGAUGUGUUCUAUUUCCAACGUACCGAUUGGUUUUGUGAAGUGAUAAGAACUCUGAAAGCAAAUUUGAAUUUAUCGUGAAGUCUACUUGAGAUCUACUUUCCUACUUUAUAAUUUUAAUUUUUCAAAAAAUUGAGAUAUUCCAUUUUUUAUGGCUUUUUUAGAAUUUAGGGGAUAAAAUCAAACAUAUGGGAAAGUCAAUUUUUAUGUUGCAUGUGAAUAAAACAAAGACAGAAAAUCACCGCUUUCAAUCCUCUUCAUGUUCAACAGAUUCUUGAACGGAUUUAUCGAGUUUUCAUAAUAAUACUGUUAUCGAAAUAUCAAUGCAGUUUAACCAAAUUCAGCUCAGAAUAUUUUACGUUAGCGACGAUUUUUUUUAGGUAUUGAUUUAAAAAUAUGUUAAUGAUGUUAUAAUUUGUGUAAUUUUACAAAUUACUCAAUUACUAUUAAGAACUAUAAAUUAUCUAUUAAUUACUGUUAAGAACUCAAUUACUCAAAAUUAUAUUAUCACUAUGACUUAAAAAUAUUGCAUCACUGUUUUAUUUUUACUUAAUAUCACUUAGUUAUUUCCAUAUAUUUCCAUACCGUGAUACUUUAUGGUCGGUUAUCAAAUGAAAAUUGAUUGAAUCAAUUGAAAAUCAUAAAGGUAUAAUAAAAAUGCAUGAGUGCGGUGAAGUCGUUUAUUUAAGGGGUUUAUUUGAUUGACUGAUUACAAUUUUGACUACAGUUAUUUUUUUUUGCUCAUUGAACAGUAUCGAUUUUAACGAUUAUAAUUUUUUAUAAAAACAAACUUACAUACUUUGCACGAUGGGUGGACUACUAUUGUAGGUGAGAAGUUGGGAAGGUAUAAUAGAUGAAUUGAGUUUAUAUCUGUAUGCAACGAUUAAUCAUGGCUAACGAAAAACGAUUCUGAGCAGAGUUCGAUUAUACACGUUUUGAAAAGCCGUAAUAUUUACUAUUUAAAAAUAAUAGAUUUAGUACAUUUUCCCGUUUUACUACGUUUUUUCCCAUUUAUUAUGAAAACUCCUGGAAAAAUCAAAAAAUUACCUCCCUAAAUAGUACCACUCCAGUUAGAUUUCUUUUUAGAAAAAUUGCUAUACUUGAAACCCAGAGUGAAAUGUCUGGCAAAGUUGUUCUCAGAAAAAAUAAAAAAUAAACAUCAUUGUAAAACCAAUAUAUUCGACGUUCUGUUUAGAAUAUAAAAGAGCUGAUACUGGAGACGAAUGUGGUCACUGUUAUAUGUGGGAAAAUGGGAUAAAUAAUGUUAUUUAAUUUAUAUCUAGCCAAAACCAUAUAAACCAUUGGUAAUAAAAAAUAUUUCGGAGCGAAGUUCGGUUAUAAAUGUUUUGAAAGACCGUAAUAUUUACGGUAUUCAAAAUUUGAAUUUAAAACUCCUAUUUAAAAAAAAAAUAAAACCAAAUAAUACAUUACUCUAAAUUUUUUUUUAAAAAAAAACUUAGUAUGACUUAUAAUGAACUUUUUGUUAAAUUUUCAAGCAUUUCAGCUUAAUCUAAUAAUUUUGUCCACAGAGCAGCUACCAAAUAAAAAUGACGGAAAAAACUCGCAAAAUUAAAAAGUCUAUAAAUAGUUCAAAAAUGGCUCUAAUGUUUUGAAAUAUUUAUAUUCACUUUUGAAAAUGUUUUAAAUAAACUACAAAGAAAAUCAAAAAAUGACUUUCUUAGUCACUGACCAGAUUAAAAAUGCAAUAAAAAAAAGUAUCUCGUUUUUCUGAAUACGCAAUUUAGUCGAAUUGUUGUAAUUUUUUAUGGGACAUAUACCUCCCUUAUCUAAACGACACUUAAUUUGUGAAAUAAAAAACGAUUUGUAUUUAUAUACCUAUGGAUGGGCCCAUAAUUACGCUCAACCGUCAUUUAAAACCACGUUUAUUAUAUUAUGGUGUUUUUUCUUUCGUAAUUAUACUAACAUUAAUCAUCAAUUUUUGUUUUCCUCAGUUGUAUUAUAUUGUUUGAAAAACGAGCGUUGUACCUAAUUUGUUUUAUUAUACAAUAUUAUAGCAGUUAUAGCAGUAGUAGUAGUAGUAGAAGUAGUGAAUAUAGUGGUCCACAGAAAAUUAGUUUUUUUUUUUUUACACUAUUUUUGGCAUACGACUCGUAAAAAAAGAAAAAAAAACUAGUUUUUAUUAUUCAAAAGCAUAAGUAUUAUUAUUAACUUUCCAACAAUUUAGCUACAUGUAGUGUGUAUACUAUUAUCUCAUCGCAUUUUGUAUAAUGUAUGCCGCGGAGUGUUUGUUGGACUCGCUUAACGAACUUUGUACACGAAUUUGAAAAUAUAGGCACCAACUAUUAUUUUUAUUUGUAUACAGGAUGUCUUAUAGUGUUAUCUUUAUGAGAAUAAUUGUGUCAAUAUUAAUUUUUUCACAUUUUUUUUUUCAAUCUGUUUUUGAGCGAUAGGGACAUGUGCAAUUAAAACAGCUAUUACUAAGAAACUAUUCGAGAAAAGAGAUCGGAUAUGCAUGUUUGUUAAAUUACUAUUUUUUGAAUAAUAUCUUUUACAAAAUGGCUAUUUUGGAAAAUUGUAAAAAUUAGAAAAAUAAAAAGUUAUCUUUUUCAGUAAUUAAAGGAUGGAAAUAUAAAUAUAGUUUUUUCUACAUAUGUGUCCCACUCGCACAAAACCUGAUUGAAGAAAAAAAUGAAUAUUUACAGAGUUAUUAUCAUAAGGAUAACACUGUAAGACACUCUGUAUAUAAAUUGCCUCUGCUUAUUAUGAUAAUACACGUAAAUUAAAUUCUUUACGAGAAUGUAUUAAUAAUGUACUUUAGAUAAUAUACUAAUAAUUUAUAUAUAUAUAUAUAUAGGUCCUAUAGGUAUAGUUGUAAACAAUAAUUAUGGCCUAUACGUGUAUAUUAUUAUAAUGAUAUUGAUAUAAUAAUUAACAACGACCUGAUGCUAUUGAUAAUAUAUACUAAAACAUAUUGUAUUUAUAAUAAUUACCUUAUUUUAAAUGUAUAUUUAUACACAUAUUAUACGGUAUACAGUAUACAUAAAAUAUAGGGUAAAAUAUCGUUCGUUAAUCGCGAAAUGUAUUUUAAAUGUGGUCUCUAAAACCUAAACACCCUGUUACAAUAGAUAACUAAUAACUAGGGGAAUUUAUAUGUACUUAAAUCCAAAUAAAAAACCUUAAAUCGUCAAUAAAGCCUUAAAAAAUCACUUCAAAAAUACCUAUAUUUAAAAGAGCAAUAAUGGUAAAGGGUUUUAUAAGUCCCCCUCUAAUAGUUCUAACUCAAUAAAAAUAUUUUACACUAAAAAAAUGAUUAUCAAAAAGUAAUUUUUUUCAAAUAAAGUUGUACGUGUUUAAAAAAAAAAAAAAAAAAUUAUAAUUUAUGUUAAUUAUUUGUCAAUCUUGGACAAUUUUAUGUAAUAGAGUUAGAACUGUUAGAUGAGAGACUAUAAAACCCCUCUACCACUUUUGCUCUUUUAAAUAUUUCUAAGUGCAAAUGCGGUUUUGACAAUUUAAGCGCUUUUUCGCAGAUUUUAAGUGGGUAAAAAUUCGUUCAUAAAUCCGCAGUUGGAUUGAAAAAUAUCGCCUCUAUAUUAAAAUUAAAAAUAUUUUAUUGAUCUUAGCAAGUUAAAAUAAUAUAUCGAAAUAAGUAAAAAAGCGGUUUUAAAUUUCAUAUUUGAAUUCAUUGUAUUAAUAAAAAUAAAUUUUCAUAGAACUCUGUUAAAUUUAAUGACACACAAAAACAAAAAUAAUAAUAAACUAAACCUAAACCUUGUUCAUAAUAUUGAUAAAUUAUAAGGAAUAAUAGUUUUCCUUAAAUGUUCACUUUAAAAAGUAACUUAUUAUAAUCUAUUCUAUAGCAAUUCAACUUAGUUAUAAAAAAAUAAAAUAAUUAUAAAUCUGUUACUAUAUUAUAUAAUAUAAUGCAUAUUUAAUAUAUCUUAGAUAUUAAAUUUGAGUAACUCGUUCAGAUUUUUUAUCUCUAAUCUCUAAAUAUAUAGUUGUUAAAAUGUCUUUGCUUCGUGUCUUAAAUUAUUUAAGUUGGCCAAUUCGCGAGAAAUGUUUUGUCAUCUAUUAUAAAAAUAAUAAACUCGGUCGAAUAUUGUUAUAUGUGGGAUAUUUUUAGGCCAAAUGAUUCUUGUGCCAAUUUUAUGUUUGCGAAUAAACAUAUUAUAUUUUAGUGUAAUCCAUGUAGAUUCAUUAAGAGAAACCGAAAUACCGAAUAUACUUACUAAUAAUCCUUUACCUAAAAAGCGAUUAUGUAUUCAUUGAAAUACGGCGGCAUAUUAUGUUCAGUAAAAAAGUUUUCGUUUUGGCGACGAUUGACAUUUUUUUUUUGUGACGUGCAUUAUUUUAAAUUAAAAAAUGUUAUCACAGUAAAAUAUUCGUCAUGCAAUUUUUUAUAAAUAACAUUUAAUCUUGCAAAGAUUAUUAGGUAACGAAAAUCUAAAAAUAUGAAAAUAGAAAAUGUAUGCAGUAACAUACAAAUCGGUGCUCUUGCUUUAGUAUUAAGAGGUAAUACUGCACUACUGCAGCUUACAGUAUUAGGCAAUAGUUCAUCAUUAUAUUUUUGAGUGUGUUAUUAUCUUUUAUCUGAUACGAUUUGGUUAAUUUUAUAUUUUCUGUAUGAUCUAACCUUACUCUAAAUUUACGUAAUUUACAAUAUAAUAUUCGGCCGUUGAUCAUGUUACAUAAUAUAUAUUAUUUUAAAUUGUUAUUCUUAUCUGCUACAACUGUCGAUAUUAUUUUCAUUCAUGAACACAAUAUUAUACUAAAAAAUAUAAAAUAUUUUUCGUAGCCAUCAUAAACAAUCAAAAAUUAAAGGCACGCUUUAUAAGCUGCGGGCCUAUACUAUCAAAUAUUUAACGUAAAACACCUACUUAAUUAUGUCAAAUUUUAAAUAUUUGUUUGAUUCAGAUUAUACUGUCAUAAACGUAUCUCGGUAAUGAUAGGUCGGAUUUUGGUCGUAUAUCAUUCGUACAUUACUAUUGUUCUUUUAAACCGUUUUUUGUGCACUGUUAGAUUUUCGGUCAUACAUCAUUUUCGCAUCAAUAUAAUAUUGAACAAUUGGAAGACUGAAAGGAAUAAGGAGGGCCGAAAAGUGCUAAUCGUUUGCUAACUUUCAGCUUAAAAUCCAAUUUCGACGUAAAUAUAAUAUACAUUUCUGUAGUUGUAAAGAGGUGUUUUUCUAUUGUGAAAAUAUUUUUAAAACAGAAAUUUAAAAAAAAUAUAUAUAUAUUUAUACUUAUUACGACGAUAACGGACGAGUUGUGACAACGACCGAUCCAUACAUUUCAUUUGAUUAUCAAUCAGAUAUUAUUAAAUAACUAGGUACAGUUUACUCCAAAUAGUUGGGGUGAAAACAAAGGGGGAAAAAAGUUAUGUUACUUUUGAACGAUUAGGUACCUAAGUUUAGUUUGACAUAUUAACGCGAAAAUUAUGUACGAUAUUUUAAAGCAGGUAAACAGAUGAUGCUCAAACGAUGAUCGCCGCCAAUUUUACAGCUGAUGUUUAUACGGCAUAUAUUUAAAUCACUUGGGAAAAAAAUAAAAAUUGUUUAUGUAUAGAUACAUAAUUUAUUGCUAUAGGAAUAUUUGUUUAUAAUAAUAAUUAUUUUCGAUCAGUACUUAAUCACUAAUUAUGGUAUAACACGAAAUAUUUAUAUUUUAUACUUAAACGUUGAUAACGAAAUGUGUUAUCAUUUCAUUAUAAUAAUAUUACGUCGUAUUUGAUAACAGAUAAAUCUAUCGAAUACCUAAGUAUUUUAGGAAUAUUACAAAAUUUCAUUAUUUCAUAUUGGUUAUUAAUAUCCUGUUGUAUAAAAUAUUUAAAUAUAGCUGUAUGCUUGUUCCCUAUUAUAUACAAAUCUACAGUUUUAUUUUUGUUUCAGUGAAAUUUUGUAUACUUGACAUAAAAAAAAUAUAGAGUAGCUUUCACUAAAAGGUAGCCAGCACAGGGUUUUUGGUAUUUUUGGAACAAAAAUUGAGUUUAAUUUUGUUUAAUUUGAUUGUCCAAGGCAAUUUACCCUUUUUAAAGAUAAACAACUGAGCCACGUGAUAGGGAUAAGGUGAAUACGGGGAGACAUGUUAAAUUUCUUGGAUUUUAAAAAUACUGAGUAUAGAAAAUAUCGGAUAAUUCAGCUGGUACACAAAAAAUGUAAAUGUAACAUAUUCAUUUAAUUGAAUAUUAAUUUCGCGCGCGCGUGUAUCAAAACGUACGGAUCGAUUUACACGAUUAAAAUACGUUUUUUAUAUGUACGAAACUCGUCGGAGAGAAAAUGCUCGAAAGUUAAAUUUAAUAUAGGUACUCGUAUAAUAUUAUAUGCAUUUUAUUCGUCGCAAAUAUAACCGCGGGUGCACUUCGUGACGUUCGAAUAAAGUCGUACGGACAGCUCAUUAUAUUAUAUUAUAGAGUUCAUAAAUAUAUAAUAUUACGUCGCGGAGAAUUAAAAAAUCGAUACAAAUAAUUACCGUCCGACUGGUUUCUGAUGUGAUGCUCGUAGAUAUAGUUAUACAUGACGAAGAUGGUCGGUUAGGUUAGCUAGGCUGACCGUGUAACGUGUGUUGAGACUUUAACGACCGAACGAGGGGCUACACAAUCAAUGGUCAAACACGCGAUAUUUCGUUAAUAAUAAUAAUGUCAAUAUUCAUCUGUCCGUGGGUUGUUAUCACACAUGUGCGCCAUGGCCUCCGUAAACUGAAAACGUUGUGUAUUAAAAUAUACCGUGAUUUAUUUUUUUGCUUAUCAUGUGAACGAUUGUCUAGAUCAACAAUUCCCAAACUUUUAUGGGCACCCUUACAAAAUAAAUUAUUGUUUCGCAGAACCCUAACUCAACCACAAGUUUUCAAUUAUUAACUGAAAAGACACAUGGUCACAAGGAAAGUCGUAAGGAUUUAAGGUGUGUGCGGAACUCUUGCGAUAGUUCCUUGCAAAGUCCUUCAAGUUCUGAAACAAGUAUCUAAAAAUAUUCAAAGGAUCACUUUUAAUAACCGGCGUGACAAAGAUAACAAAGAUAAACAAAUUAAAUUAUUUGAAAAUAAUAGGGGAGGGGAGGUGAUAAAAUAUUAGUUUUGUCAAUGGCCUACUUUGUGAUUACGUGACUAUGUAAUCACAAAGUAGAAAAUAUAAAAAAAAAAAAAUUAGUAAAAAACAUUAUUUUUUUCUAUCGAAAUAAUAAUAAUUAUUAAACACUUAAUAAUAUUAAUAAUACUAUUUACUUUAGUAACAACAAUACAUACGUAAAUAAAUAACAUAUUAUCAUAAAUGUUGCAAGCUCAACCAAUAAAUAUAGAAAUGGUUGUAACGGCUAAGUUGAGUUCAUAAUUAAUGAGUGCAUAAGAAAAUAAAAUUAAGGGAUUUAUAUAAGACAGUAGUCUAUAUCAGAAAUGCAACAUUAAGUAUAAAAUAAUUACUAGUUAAAAAGAAGUGAAAAUAUUGCUAAUGUAAUUCUUGUAGUUGUUAAAACUAACAAAAUUAUUUAAUUUAGUAUUAUAUUUACCAAACAAAAAAUUCCUUUAAUUAUUGGACCAUGUGUCCCAAAAUCAGAGUGAUUAAAUGGUACAAUUAAAUUAUAAUUAUUUUUAAUUCUUGUAUUAUAUCAAUGUGUACGCUGAAAUUUAUUAUUAUGAAUUUUAUUCAUAGUAUGCGUAAUAGAACCUGUCGUCCAUAAGGUUGAAUAAAAAUAUGAUCCUUAAACUCAGACUAAAUUGAGUUAGAAAAAUGUAAUCUAGGUUUAUUAAGAAUAAUUUUAAUUAAGAAAUUAAUAUUUUUAGACAGAACAUCGAUGUGGGAGGAAUGUGUACAGUUCCACACUGAGAUACCAUAAGAAAAAACAGAUUGUAUGAGAGCUAAAUGAAUAAUUUUCUAUUAAGAUUGUUUACAUAAUAUAUUAUAUGUUCAAUAAAUUUUAGUUUAUAGUCAAAAUGUAUACUUAAUGCAAUAAUUAAGUCUUUCCAAAAGUACACACACACAAGGAUAAUUUAGAUAUGUACAAUUUAAAAAAGUGAACACAUAAUGAAAAGUCAGGACUUAUUAUAUUAUGACAUGAAGGUUUCGUAAUAUUAAAAAUGAUUUGCUUGGAUUUGGCUAAAUUUAACUGUAUAUUAUUAUCGCACCAAUUGAUAAUUAACGCUAAAGAAAAGUUAGCUUCCUUAUAUAAAUCAUCGUAAUUAAGGUUUUUAUAACAUAUUAUAAUCGGUAUUAGUCCACAGCGAACAUGUGCACAUGUUAGAAAUAUCUCCCGUGUUUCUCUUUAAUUUCUACUUGAAUAAUCUGCCGUUUUAUGUGAUUCUUUUUUAAAAAGGUGCGCGCACAUACUGAUGUCGUUUAUGAGUUGGUCUGUUUAACGCUUUUUCUUUCAGAUCAGUUUUUCUGUUUCUAGCUGCUUAUUUAAGCUCCACACGGCCGCUGUCAACCAUAAGUUUUAUCUUUGUUCUUAUCGACUCAGAUCGUUAACGGGAUAACUCCCGCCUAUUGAUCCGCACGUGUCACAGUUAUCUAAUUACUGGUAGGGAAACGCUUCUCGUUUAUCCGUAUAUACGUAGUGUAUCCUUAAUUACAUACAUCAGCAUACAGGGUGCUGUAGUAGCUCUGCAUUUUUUCUUCGGUAUGCCUAUUGCUUCUAAAACUAAGGAUGUCUCUCCACACUUAUCUAAUAUUUCUACUCGUUUAAAAAAAACAACUAACUGAAAACCCCUCUAACAGUGAUUUACUAGCUGCUAUUUGCAACUUGCAGUCUUUAUAGACCGAUAUUUUAAGUUUUAAUAAUAUCUCGGCUGAAUCUUAUUCAGCUCAAUUUUUCGAUUUAAUAAAAAGUAUUAGACGUCUUGCUGCUCAAGUCACUGCGCUUGAAUCUGAAAACGACUGCCUUCAGAACGAAUUUUCUGAGCUAAAGGAAAAUAUUAAUUAAUUGAAUCAACCUCUCUUUCUGAACAGAAACUUAUUAAUUCUAUAACACAAUUAUAUCAAGAUUUUAUCCAAAAAAAUAAGUGUGCGUUUAAUGUCAUAAUCUAUGGCUUACCUGAAUCUCUUUCUACUGGCAUUUCUAACCGUAUUAUUGAUGACAGAACCCAUUUGAUUUGCUCAUUAAAAGACGAAGCUGCUAUUUUUGUUUCUGUGUUUGGUGCAGCCAGGAAGAAUGGUUUCUUUAUUCCUACUAACUUCAAGAUAGUAAGAGAUAAAACUAUUCUGGAAAGACAGUUACUUCGUACAUAUCAUACCGAACUUGAACGUCAAACUGAAGCCGGUGAAGCUGAUCUCACUAUCUCGUAUCUUAAUAGGGCCCCUAAGGUCAUGCAGCGUCGGUUAAAAAACUCCAAUCUAUACCUAUCUCCAAUUAAAUAAAAUCAAGCCCUCCUUCAAGUCACCAUGCUGUUUCUGGUUUUUAUCAAAACUGCAGAGAGGCCUCUAUGGAGGCCCAUACCAAAUUAACCACUUUUAGAUGUAAUAUUUUCUCUUUAAAUUAUGUUUUCCUCGUAUUAAUAGAAACUUGGUUUUGUAAUAAUAUUUAUGAUAAUAAACAAGGUCUUAAUAAUUAUAAUGUUUUUAAAUAUGACAAAUGUACUACAUCUAGCUCUUGCACUAGAGGAGGUGUUCUUAUUGCUUAAAUAUACUGGUAAUCCUCUAGAUUAUAAAAAAAAUUUUCUUCUUCGUGCUGAAUGCUAGUUUUUGUCUAAAAAAUGUUACUCUUCUUUUAUACAACGAACUGAACAAUUUCUCAAUAAAGAACCUUAGAAGUUUUGGGACUUCGUUAGAAAAAAUUGAUUUAACUGUUGCACUCUUAAAUGUAUCAAGCUUUUAACAGUAUCAGUAGUAACAUACAUACGCACAUACGAUAAGCAAGAUACAACUAAUAUGUUUUCCUCCUACUUUAACUCCGUUUAUUCUACUCAAGUAGUCAUUACUACUGAUCGAUCUAACUUUAUUUUGUCUUUAUUUUGAUAUUUUGUCUUAUGACCUUCCUUAAUAGUUCCUUUUUAGGCGCUCGUUAUUGGAGUGUGUAUUUCCUGAUUUAUGGAAAAUUAGUUACAUAACACCUGAUGCUUCUCUGGUUGAAAAUUACUGGCCUAUAUCCAUCUUAUCCCACGUUUACAAACUAUUUGAAUCUCUUAUCUUAGAUUGUAUAUUAAUCCCAUAUUGAUUGAUGAACAAUAUGGUUUCUGUCCUGGUCAUUCGACUACAACUUGCAAUGUAACUUUCUGCAAUUAUAUAUUUUAUGCUUUUGGUGUUCACUCCCAAGUUGAUGUGAUUUAUAUUGAUUUUGUCAAGGCCUUCGAUCGUGUAAAUCACCAUUCUCUAUUGAAAGUACUUGCUUGAACUGAAAUAGGUGAACCAUUUUUAUCACGGUUUGGCUCAUUCCUUUUAUGUAGAAAACAAUGGGUAAAAAUUAACGGGAUAGUAUCCCCUCCUACAAUUAUGCCAUCAGGUGUAGCUCAGGGUGGCCAUUUAUCUCCUAUACUAUUUUCAUUAUUUAUUAAUAGUUUCAACUGGGUUUUAUGUGGUUCUCAACUUUUAGCGUUUGCGGAUGAUCUUAAAAUAUUUCUUCGUAUCAACUCUGUUAAUGAUUAUGUCCUCUUUCAAAAUGAUUUAAAUAGACUCAUGUCCUGGGCGGAAUCCUUAGGUCUUUUAUUUAAUGUUCGUAAAUGUCGUUCUAUGACCUUUACCCAUACCAGAAACCCAUUUAAAUUCACAUGUACCAUUAAUAAUAAUCCUAUUUUGUCACUUAAUAAGUCUGUUCGUGACUUAGGUUUUAUCCUUACUCCUACGUUUAGCCCUAAUCUGCAUAUUAAGAAUGUUGUAAGGCACAAAAAACUUAGGCUUUAUCAAACAAAUAGCACAAGAGUUCAUAUUGUCUGCACCAAUUAAGGGUUUACACUGUGUAUAAAGAAAACCAUGAGCAUUUUAUCGAGUUGUAUUACAGUCGCAAUGCACUAUACUGUUGUGGUUAGUAAAUUUAUAUACCUAAUAAAAAAAAGAUUUUUUUUUUAGAGCAUUUAAAUUCGUACUUUAUUAAUAAUAUAUUAUUUAGAGUUAAGACGACACGAUUAUAAUGGAUUAUUAAAACAAAUACAUACACUCGGACUUAAUCCGGCCCAGCGUAAAUCGUCGCCAGUUUGUGUGAUAAUAAAAUAAUAAAACAAUUCUAAUAAUAUCGUAGUACGGUAAUAUUACAAUGUUGUGCGGCGGCGCAUAUUAUUAUUAUUAUUAUUAUUAUCAUCAUCAUCGUAUGCGCGACUCGUGAGAAAGAUACGACGGGUUAUAAAACCCGAUAAUAUAUUAUACGGCGGCGAACGGUCGAGCGUCUUCUUCUUCUGCCGCCGCCGCCGCCGCCGCCGCCGCCCAACAGGUCGGUUUUUCACAGUCGGAGAGUGGAAAAAACACACACGCACACGUACUUGCGGCGUGUACAACACAACGGUACUUUCUAAAAAAAAACCGAGAUCCGCGUGUGAUGUGUGUGUGUGUGUGUGUGCGCGCGGGUGGAGGAGAUAGGAGCCCGUGGAAAGCGGCGGCGGCUACAGCAGUCUCCCAGUAAGCCACGGCGGCGCGUAUUAUUAAAUACGGGCGCGCGGGUACCCACACACACAGAUAGACACAGAAACAACCGGUUUUGCUGCGGAAUUCCGCAUCGCGCGAAUCCAAUCCUCCGUCGCCGCGCGCAUUAUUAUUGUUGUUAUUAUUUUUCUCUUUUUAUAUUAUUAUUUUAUAUGCAGUACGACGUGUAGUCGUGCUCGCCCGAGGGGGUUUGUUCGGCCGGGGCCCGGGUGUCGGGCGGUCGUCGGGGGAAAAACUCGUCGCGUCGUCGGCGAAAUUCGUAAGUCACACGCCGGUCGUCGCACAGAACACCGCGUCGUCACUCGCACCGCUCUCGGUCGCCGGUCGGUCGUUCUGGUCGGGUUCCGGUGCGCGUUCCGAAACGUCGUCGUCGUCGUCGGCACGGGCGGGGGGAAACGCGUCGAGAGUAUUAACCAUCGCGUUUAUCCGGCCGCGAAAAUAUCGCAACAUCGUUGUGUUAUUAUCGUACCGUAUACUGUUUUUUUUUAUCAUUUUUUUUCCUAUUACUAUUUACGAUAAAUAUCGCGUCGUCGACUGCAGUUUUCCAUCCGCGGAGACGGGAACUCGCGCUCGCGUGAGUAUACGGACACCAGCCACCUCCUAUAGUGUAAAGACUUAGUAUUAAAACGCGGUCGCCGCGGCGGCUUCCGGAUACCCCGGUAGAGUCAGGGAAUUCGAAAAAGUCCGGGAACCGCCGCGGACCCUAAAAAUAGGCGUCACAUAACGUUUAAUAGUAGUCACUUUGCGCGGUUUUUUUUUGUUCAUUGCUAAACAUUGUAAUUGAGUAAAACGAACCGAUUUUGCGUAGAAAGUUUUCUGAUAAAGUUCCUUUUUUUUUUUAACUAUUCAACAUUAAAAUAAUAUUCCUAAUCGUAACGAUUGUUAAAAAGGAUUUUCAAAUGUUUUUUUUUUUUUUUUUGUCUUACAACAGUGGUGGCCGAGUUUGGGUGUAAACAUUGUUAUCGGACUAUGUAAUAACGUGCCUGACUGAUGGUGUACCGUACAGUUGAUAGUAGUUACUUUUUGCAACGUACCUUUAACCGUCCCUUUAACGCGUUUUAAUUUGAGUUAAUUUCCAAGCUAAACAAUAUUUCAGCGCAAAGUCCCCAUUGCCUUCAAAUUUCAUCCGUGUUUGAUAUUAAUUAGGUAUAAGUUGAUUAUGUAUAUUAUAUGAUUUAAUAAAACCUUUUAUAUUCUUUUUUCCAUAUCAAAAGUUUGAAGUCUUGAAUGUCAAGGGGAAAAUUGUACGGGUUCUUGUAACUGCAGCUUGUGUACAAGAGGUGUGAGCUCAGAUAGGUACCAUGAUAGCAUGGUAUAACCAUUGAAAAACUAAGGUGUAUGUUCUGUAAGUUUAAAAUACUAAAUAGCAUUUUAUCAGUAAAUGCGAUGGAAAUGUUUUUUUGUACUAUUGUGCAAUCAGUAUAUACUUAUGAAAUUUGUGUCUGGGAUGGUAAUUUUGAUAAAUAUUUAAGACUACUCAGAAAUAUAAUAAAUUCUUUAUUAAGGACAGCAUUUAGGAAACCCUUUAAUUCUAAUACCAACUUUUGGAGACAAUAAUUUGCAUUGUAUUUUCUUUUAAUUAGUUGUUGUAUGCUAUGUUUUUCUUCUAAAUACAAUAAAUCAUUAUGUGGUAACCACUUCGUGGAAUAUAAAAGUAUUUCAAGAUAAUAUGUUCAUUUUUUCACGAAUAAUUGGUCUCUCGAAUUUGACAUCGUGUAAUUUUGUUCGUAAUGUAAUCGACCACUUUGUGUAUUGAAACAAAACAUUUACUUCGCUCAACUAUUAUUGUAUUAUUAUUUAUGUUCGAUAAUUCCAAUCAUGCGUGUAGUACGUAUAGUCCGACCAUUUAUUCCAAAAAUUGGUUUCACUCGAAGAUUAUUAAAUUAAUACAUGGCAUAUUAUAUCUAUAAUAAUAGACAGUAGUAACUCUCGAGUUUCGGAACACUUUUUUUGAAUUCCGAGUGAAUUAAUGAAUAAUAUUAUAUUAUAGUUUUACUAUGAUGUGUGCCAUUUUUUUAAUAAUGGAGGAAAUUGAGGGGUAAGCCGGAAAAUGUGAAUAUUAUUGUUUCUAUUAAAAUCGAUUUUGUUUUUUUGCCGAUAUUUGGUGACAAAUAAUAAUCGUAGAGAUCUGACAUUUUCACCGUAUUUUACUCGUGUUAUUAUAUUAUUACGCAAAUCGUAAAAAUCACCAAUUCGUAUUUGAUUUGUGCGAAUUAAAUUUUUCAUUUUGUUAUGUUUUAUCUGAAUAAUAUUUAUCAAUAGGGCUCGGAAGUUGUUGCAAUUGCAGCUCUUUUUCUUUUGUAAAGAUUUGUUGUCAAUUUGGUUUUAAAUUCGUUUCAUGCAAAUACGAAUUGAAAUCUAAAAAUGUUUAGUGCGACUUUUUGCAAUUAUUGGUAUUUUUUCGAUUUGUUGAUUUUCUUCAUUUAUAAUGAUAAAUGAAGAAAAUCGUGCUUUUUAGAUAUUUCUAAAUAUUAUUCACAUGAUUUGAUAUUUUUUUUUAUGUUAAAAUAAAUUAACGAUGAGGGUCGUGUCAGAUAUUAAUAUUAUGCAAAUAAUAUUAUGUCAUAUGCGUAUUGAUGGUUAUUUCGGGCUUUGUCGAUUUCAGCGGUGAAAAUACCAUUUGAUAAAACGAUACACAAGUUAUUAUUUUCCCGAGACGUUAAUAAGAAAAUAACCCAAUAAAGCUUGUACUAUUUUUUCUUUUUAAAUAGUUAGUUUAGUAAAAAAAAAUUAUUGCAAUUUCGGAUAAUUUUUACAGCAAUAAUGCAAUGAAUUUUAAUGUUUUUUAGUGCAUUAACUUCCGAGCCCUAUUUAUCAUUAUUGACAUUUGAAAUUUUAAGUACCUAUUCUAUUCAUAAUUUUAUUAUAUUUAUUUGGACAUAACAAUUUAAGUUUGUAUUCGAUGUACUUAAUUCAUACUAAUAUUUUAUACCGAUGUGCUUAUUACGUGAUUUAUAAAGUAACUUUGUUUAAUAUGUGUAUCGUUUUGUUGCUGUGAAAUUAAUUAUUCAAUUUAUUUUGAGAGAAACGACAAAAAUUCAGCAGCUGGCCAAUCUGAUGGUAUCAUUUAGGAUUUCAGAAUCGUAUAUACGGUUAUCGUUGAGUAGCGAUUUUAAUUGUGUUAUAUAUGCCAGUUGUAGAAUAUUUUUUUUAUUCCGACGAACCGGCGAAAAAUCCCGCGGAAAAAAAGUUCUAACAUUUAUAUCAGUACGGUAUAUGCGUAUAUGAAAAAUAAUACAAAAAUAGUUCCCAAAUAUUUUUUAAAAGUAUUUCAUAAACUUUGAUUAAUAAUUAAUAUUCCUUUUCGGCCAAUAUUUCAGCUGUAAACGCGUACACGAAUAAAAUAAAAUAAUUUAUUUUAAAUCCGAUUUUUGGUCCGUUUAUUCGGAUUUUUUUUUGAUCAAGAUAUUUUGUCUCGCGUUUUUCGAAUAUUAUAUUUAUUAAAUUGUCGAUUCGCGGGUACUCGAAUCUCGUGUCGUGUAAUAUGUACCUAAUUUAUAUCAGUUGUCGAACCACGAUGACGACGCACGGAUAUCGUUUAUGAAAAAUAUUAAUAGAAUCUUCCGCGUAGUUUUUUUAUUUUUAUUAACGAUACUCGUGCGUAUACAGAGUGAUUUUUUUUCAAUCUUUAUGAAAUUGCUCAAGAUUGAUUUUGACACUAUUUCCAGAUGUGUACCCUUAAUUCUUAUACCCCGAAAGAGUAAUUCGAUUUUCAAAUGGCAACACAGACUUCAGUUUUUGUUGUAAGUAGAUAAAAAUAAGUAGGUACCCUACCUAUAUGAUUACAACUUUUUGGCUUAAUAACCUAAGUAGGUUUAUUUAAACUAUUAAGCGCUUAAUCGGAAAAACGGACGAAAAUCCUUUGCUCACAAAACCCAAAUUUUACCUGUUAGAGUCAUUAACUAUAAGUUUGGUGGGUUAUUAAUAUAAACAUUUCAGAUCCGUCGCAAUAGCCGAGACAACAUUUAAUGUCGAAUAUACCGUCUUUAAGUUAUAACAGUCUAUAUAACUACUCUUUUGUUCUAUUAUAACUCAUAUAUCCAACAUGCAUUAUGCAUAUUAACAUUUUUUGACAAAUAUUCUCUUUUCGAGUUUGGUUUAAAAGGGGUGAGUUAGUUUUUUAAAAAUCAAAAGUUGAUGUGUGUUUGUGGGGUACGAAAUGAGAGUACAAUUUUGAAAAUGUUUUAAAUAAUAUCCUAAAGAAAUUCUAUUGUAACUACUGGAAAAUCAAAAUAAAUUGUAAUGAAGAUCUCUGUAUGCAAUAACUGGAUGAUGUUGAAAAUAAAAUCAUUCUGUAUAAUGUAUACAUACGCAAUAUUUACUAACGAGAUUUUAGUCGACGCGAAUUUAUAUUGUUAACGAUACUUUAUUUUCUUUCUUCGCGGCUAAUGGAAUGUACUAUGUUUAUGUUUUAUAAUUACAACGAUAAUAUGUGACGUGAAUUCAUAUAAGUUUAAUAUAGUAAGUAGGUAUAAUUAUUAAAUUAAGGUUUUUUUUUUUUUUUUUUUGAGGUAUAUAGAAGAUGUUAGAUUAGGAUUCCAGCAACAAAAUUCCCGAAAUUAAAUUAAAUUGUAUUUCUUUUAUUACCACGUUCAAGGUUAAAUGUGAAUUCUCUUAAAUUAAUUACGUCUUUUUUCGGGACGCUCGUUUAAAUAAAAAGUGUUUAUUAUGAAUGCCAUAUUUAAUGAUAAUAACUUUCGUAACAUUAUUAAAAAUUGGGUUUCUUAUAAAUGUACGGCACUUUAAUUCACAUUGAUUUUCUAAAAUCUAUGGCUAGAAUACAAUUGGAUAGGUUUUCUGGUUAUGUGCUAACAUUGAAUGUAUAAUUGUAGGCUUCAACCCUCUAAGUGAAAUUGACUUCGGCUCGCUUAUAUAUUUCCACUUCAAAUUUGCCAAUCAAGCGACGAAUUUCUAUUUUUAGUUUCUAAAUUGUUUUUGUAUACGAGAGAUUUUACAUCCCCACAGAGGACGAUGUCAAGAGUGAGUAUGGUCUUGAGAUCUUUGAGACAAAAUUUGGCUACUUUUCGAGCAUUUUUCAAGCAAGAAAUUGAUUGUCUCAUGGGCCGUGUGCGAAAAAUGACACACACCAUUCUAUUUGGACAAUAUUUCGUUGGCAUCAUUAUCGUCUGAAGAUGGCCACACAAAUCCCCUCCUCUCCAUUCAAAAAUGCUGUCUUCGUCACUGUAAUUAUUUUAUACGCUCAAAUGGAAAAAAAAAACGAUUGCAAGUCCUUUGAGCACCAAAUCCAUUGUUAACCUACUAAAAUCAAAAUCCAUUUGUGUUAUUAAUAUUAAUAAAACAUGUAAAAUCUGUCUUAGGGGUAACACAGUCUCUCGAUAUCUAUUGUAUCAUCAGUUCGGUAUUUAUGAUUUACUUAUAAUUUAUGACAUAUCUAAUUUCCUUUCUUUUACUGAUUCAUACAAAAUUGAAAAAAAUAUAUCAAAUUCAUUUAGAAUUAUGAUUCUAAAGAUGUUUCACAAAUGCAAUUAUUAAAUUAGCAUUUCAUUGUUAAAUAAACUGUAAUGUCAAAUUUGGAAGAUCCUAUUUAUAUGAUUUAUACCCGUAUAUGUACCUGUAUACCUAGAAAAAAACCAGUGCCCAAACAUUCCAUUAUGUGAAGGUUUUAAUGAUUUUUGGUGCUCAGACGUGUUUUUACAAAACUGUCCAUGAAAAGGGCUGAUGCAAAUACGUACACAUAUUUUACUUCCGUUUAAAACCAAAAAACUAUUUUAAUAUUAUCGUAUUAUCAUAAAUUUGUCAUUAGUUUUGUUUAUAGUGAUAGGUAUUUUAAUUAUGACAGUUUAUAGUUGUAGUAAACGUUGUCGCACUAUACCAAACAAUGGAACGGUUAUUGACUAUAUUAUCAUGUUACUUAUACGUAAUUUAAUAUAAUUAAAACGUUUAAAUUAUUCUUUUUGUCUAUGCGACGACCCCCCGAGUUGUUGCAGGUACCUACUUAAUCGCGUUACACAACUCCUGCCACAGUGGGUUUUGAAUAAUAUUGUUUGAACAGUGUAGUAUUAGAAUAUUUUAUUCCAUUGUGAAUUUUAUAAAUUAAACGAGUAUUUAUAUUUGUGGCUUUAUAAAUCGCGUUGUGUUAUGCCUGAUACAUUUAUUUUACGCUGUCUUGCAUAUUAUUAUUAGAUAUACGAAUACCAUAAUAUUAUACAUAAAUAACCGAAACAGUCUUUUAAAAUACCGGCUCUUAUUUCCACACAAAAUAGUUCAUUUUUGGUUGGCUCUAAUAUUUAACUGUACAGUUAAAAUGUGGUUUUUUAACAUAAUUUAUUAAUACAAUUUUCUUAAAAAAAAAAAAAAUGUACUCCACUUUAUAUUCAAUUUUCUGAAAUACAAUAUUGGAAACAUGGUGCACAUCAAGACUGCUAUAAUAACAGGUUUCAACAAUCUGAGUGAAAUUGACUACUUCAAAUUCGCCAAACACGUGACGAAUUUCCAGGUCUUCAAUAUUGUUUUUGUAUCAAGCGCGAGUAAAAUCGCUCAAUAUUGGUUGCCAUUUUUAGAAAUUAAAUUUAAAAUCCCCUGUACACAAGUGAAUAUAUACAUCGUUUUUUUGUUUCAUCGAUUUCUAGGUUAUCUUAUGUACAAGGGAUAUCCUACUUAUCUAAUCUUACCGGUUAACCUAGUUUCGCAGUUUGCUUAAAAUCGUUUGUCGAUUACAAUGAUUGUUUCGUUAUUUUCAGUAUAUUUAUAUAUAUAUAACUUAAAUAACCCUCUAUUAUAUCUACCUCCCUAAUUUUUUACCUAUAACAGUGAUCUACCCACGGUGUUGUUAAGCAUGGGAUAUUGAUAUUGUUUUGUGAAUAAAAUGUUGUUAAACGGACAUUCAAAAAUGUUUACAAUCGUGCGACUUGGUCAUUGUAUAAAGUUUCACAUUCGAAAAACGAACUAAUUAUAAUACAUAUCUAAUCGCAUUUCAUUAAGAAACUGUAGGCACUUAAAGCGUAAUAUUUGUUAUUGUACAACUUUGUGUUUUUGUUUUAACUGUUCGUUAAUCAGGUGAAAUCUGACGGUAUUAAUAAUAAUUAUUAUAAUUUGUACCGUCUUGUUGUUCGAAGUCAUUUUGAAAUGCGAUGCGCAAUUUAUUUGAUAAAUAGAUUGCUCUUUAUAUCCGUUCUAGAUUAUGAUAAUUUAAAUGUAUUAUCGUAAUUUAUAAUAUGUAGUUAUAUUAUUUACGUAGGUACAUAAUUUAUAUAUUUUGAGUUUUUCCCAACUAUUGUGAAAAUCGUUUCACAAAUCAAAAAAUGUCCUUUUAAAACACCAAUUAGAUCCAAAAUGCAACAAAAAAGUUAAUUUUCAUUUUUCGUUUGAAGUCAGAUUUUCGGUAGAAGAGUUUUAUACCAAAAAAAAAAUAAGUACACAUCAUAUGUUAAAACCUAUACAUUCCUCGCUUCGCUCAGGACCUAAAAAAUAAAAAAAAAAAGGUUUUCCCCGUGAAUUCUAGUUUCUACUCCCCCGUCAUUAUCACAGAUAACCUAUGUUGCCCGAUAUUUAUUUUUUAAAAAGAGUACUUACCCGUGACUAUUAAACCAACAUUAAAAUUGUUUUUUCAUCUGUGUCGCCAACCCAUAAAUCAACAAAAAAACUUUUUUUUAAAUUUCCUUUUAGGUUUCUAGGUUUCUUAACAUAAGUUUAGAACACCUUAUAUCCCCGUUAUGUCCUCGGUUAUGGUUGUUGAUUUGGUUGACAAGGAGAUACAUAAUAUUAUCCGUAAAAUUAUUUGUGUUCUUAUUAGUUUUAGAUUCUGAGUGAAGCGAGUAAUGUAUAUAAUAAUGUUUAUUUAUUAAUUUAUUGUUUUUUAAGUGAACAUUUUUUCUACCAAAAAGCUUAUUCCGAUUAUCAAUUAUAGCACCUUUUCUAAAAGGAAAUGUUUUCUGGGUGGUACUUUAGAAAAUUCAUUUUUUGAAGUUCUCAUUAAUAUUCGAGAUAAUGAAGAAAAUCUGGUUCUUUAGGUUAAAAAAGAUUUAAAGAUUAAAAAUAAGGUUGUCAUUGGCAACAAUUUUUAUUUAUUUUUUGUUAUUUUUAAGUUUUCAUUAUUAUAAUCUUUUUUAAACAAUCACUGUUGUCAUGGAAACGAACAUUGUUGAAAAAGAUAUUCAAAUCAAACUACAUUGUAUAAAAUUAAUUUUUUAAAUAUUUUUACUACUUACACAAAAACAUGUGUGUUUACUGGGUAAUUAGUUGUAUUCAAUAGUAUGCAUUGUAAUUUAAUGUAUGACAUAUAUAUUGUUGACCAAAGUAUCACUAUUAACUGAACUCUGCUCAGAAUCGUUUUUUCGUUAGCAAUGGUUUAUUGUUGCUUACAGAUAUAUAUUAAUUUUCCUUCUGUAUCCUACCUCCCCAACUUCCCACCUACAACAGUGGGGUUGCACCCACGUGUGAAGCAUGUUCGCCUUUUUAAAUAUAAAUUCAUAACAUUAUUGGAAUUUUCUCCGAAAAUAAGUACUACUUUGUAUUUUGUCUGUAGUAUACAUUUUUUCCCAUUACUUAUUGUCAUUUAUAGCAACUCCCUGGCAAUUGUCUAUGUGAUUUUAACAUAUGUUUUAACUCUAACCAAUGAUUAAUACAAAAUUGUUAACCAAAUAACAUAACAUAAUAUAAUAUAUUUUUUGGUUGGAACAAGAUUUCUUCUCGAAAAGUUCUUCAUAGCGGAAAAAAUAUAUACAUAAUAGAGUGUAAAACCAUUUUUCUCUUCGAUCAUAUUAUAAAAUAAAUGUAUACAUAUUCUUUUGUAAACCCAACAUUUACGUCUAGCGAAUUAUCGAUUAUCGCUUUGGCAAUUUUUCUUAUUAGGUAUAUAUUAUUACUUUUACCCCUUUUUUCUCUAGGAAAAUACGAGAGACGGAUGGUAAAUCAUGAUAAGUAUCGACCUAUAAUUAUUAUCGUCCUCUCGCGUUCGGUACGGUUUUUUGUAUAGGUAUAUUAUAAUUAUUGAAUUCACACGCGUACAUAUUAUGAUAUUAUUUUGUGUUAGAAGUUUUUUAAUUUGAUUGAUUGGUACAUAUAAUAUAAUAUUUUAGGACGAUAAUGUUACGAAAUUAUACAAUUAUUAUAUUGACAAGUUAUAGGUACUAUUAUACAAUAUAUUAUCAGAAAAAAAAAUCAUUAACAGAAUUUCUGAUUUUUUUUUUUUUUUUUUUUACAAACGAUUUUAGAUUAGAUGUAUAUAUAUUAUGAAUGGUUUUUUUUUUUUUUUUUUUAAUUUAGAUAUAAUAUAAUAAAUGUUUUAAAAAAACACACACGUAUUUUAAUAUUGUUAUCUUAAAUCAUUUUUUUUCCUAAUUGAUGUCUAGUUUUUUGUACUAAUUUAUUAUGUAACUAAAAUAAAUCAAUAGAAUUUAAUAUAUUCAUAUUCUUACAUUAUAACGCUGUAAAAUAUAUAAAACUCACAAUAUAACACUAACAAUAUAUAAAUAUAUAUAAUAUUGUUGUGUACAAUAUAUUUUAUUAUAAAUUGUUUAAACGAAUACCCGUCAAUUAUAAAAAUUAAACCGCAGCGUGGCAUUUGUUUUAGUUUAAACGCCAAAUUGUUAAUAUUAUUAAGUCCAAAAAAAAUAAAAAUAAAAAACCUAACUAACGGAUGUUUUUUACAUGGUCACUAUACGCUCCUCGUACAUGAUUGUGUUAAUAAUAAGCUAAUGAUGUUGAAGAUGGGAAGUUGAGUAUAUAGGAUAAUUUAAUUUCUAGUUGUACUAUUAUAGUUAACCAUGCGUACUAUUAUGCGCAAAAUCACGUGAUUUUUACGAUUUUCAUCAAAAUGUUUAUUGCCAACGUAUGUAUGUGGUUUAUACAUAAAUAUGUAGGUAUACAAAACAUACUCUUUCCGCUACAAAAUAGUGAAAUUCAUGUUAAAAUUCACUUCAACUUUUAUCACUUAUAUUCGUAUAAGAAAUUAUUCUUAAUUUCCGAAUUUGAGCAUUUGGUUUAUAAUAAGGGUGAGGGUGUAAUUUUGGUCGAAGAGUUGCUUACAGACACAAAAAAAAAAAAAAAAAAAAAAAAAAAAAAACGCCACAGACAUUUACAAUAUUAUACACGUGAAAGUAUUCAAAAGAACAGAAAUACGUACACCAGACACGCAGAAAUUCGCCCGAAUCUUUUAUAAUAUCGAGUAGUCUCGUAUUUGGUCGCGCGAGUUCAUUUUGAGCUUACAAUAUAUUUUUAUUUUUUUUUUUUUUUACAAAGAAGUAUUUAUAUCGUUUUUAAUAUGCGAAUAAAAAAUGUAGUAAUCAUAAUGAAGAAUGGAAAUUUAAAUUGAUUUCGUAUUUUUUUUUUUCUUUCAAAAACUCCAUAUAGAUGCUAGUUUCAUUAUAAUCAUUCGAAUGAGAAUUAUUAAGGAAUUUUAUUUUAUUUGUUAUUUUAAAUUUGUUGUGGAGCAUGGUUUUUUCGGCGUUUAAUACUAAAAUUCUAACAAUAUCAAUUUAUUUAAUCUAUAAUUAAAUUAUUAAAGUCCAUUUAUAGUCUUUUAGUGUUUUAUUUUAAGUUUUUUAAUGUGUUUUCUUAUUGAUUUGUUCUGGUCUUUAUGGCUCACACCAAAAAUGUCCAUAUAGUAUUUACCGAAAAAAAACACCCACACAAUGGUAAUGAUACGAAUUUGUUUUCUGCAGGAUGGUGUUACUGGUACAAGGCGUGGUUCAAGACGAACCGCCGCCGGACACGAGGACCCUUUAUCUCAACCAUCCAGUACUGCGGGAUUCGGCUUCGCAAUUGCUCACCAUCCCCACAAAAGUCGUGGGACCCAUAGGCCUUCUGUACCUGUGCCAGCGAGAGAUGGCCGUUACCGUACCUCAUGACAGUAAGCAUAGUAGAAUUUUGGAUUUUUACCGGUGAUUGAUUUCGGUAAAUUCUAUAUAAUAUUACAUUGAUUAUUUAUAUGGUAUAAUAUUCAAUAAUAGUUUGGUCACAUUACAAACAAUAAAAUAUUUUUUCAAUGAAAAAUAAUUUUGUUAAUCAUUUUUGUAAACUUCAAAAGAUUGUUGAAACUUAUCAAUUUUAUAUUAAUAAAUAUUUGUAACACCCAAUUUAUAAAAUGACUAUCUUGGAAUUAAAAUUUGUUUUAAAAAAUAUAGAAAAUAAUGGAGUCAUAACACAUACAGUUUUAGUUCAGUUUUAGCUUCAGUAGUGAUUAUAUGAAAAAAAUAAUUUGUCCUAGGAUAAUCCAUUAUGCCAUGGAGACGGGUGCAGCCACUUUUGUAGGUGGUAAGUUGGGAUGGUAGGAUAAAGGAAAUAAUUUAAUGUUUAUAUGUAUAUAUAUAAACAAUGAUUAACAAUAUUUAUAUCAUAUUAUGGUAAAAUAAUUAAAUAGGUAUUAUAUAUUUUUUUUAAUAAUAUUCGUUUAAUAUAUAUUGUACCAAUUUUCUCGUUUUUCCUGGAUUUCCUAUGUUUUUUCCCGAUUUUUUACACUUGCUGGGAAAACUCUUGUGAAAAUCGAAAAAUGACCUCUCUAAAGUACCACCACGAGAAAAUUUUCUUUCAGAAUAGGAUCUACAUCGUAUAAAUCGAAGUAAGCUUUCCUGUAAAAACAGUGUUCACAUAAAAAAAAAGAAAUAAACUUCUUUGUAAAGCCAUAAAGUUCUUCGGUCCACUCAAAAUCUAAAAUAAAUAUUGAUUAGAAUAAAAGUUAUUUCAUUUAUUAAGUCUUCGUGGACAAUUUUUCAUUAAAAUUAUAUUUGAUGAUGCAACAAGAAAACAUUUUCAAGGAGAAGCUCGAAAAAAUGUUAAAUACAUAUUACGUUUAAUAAUUGUUUGUUUUCACGUAUUGUCGUUCAAUGACUGUGUUUUCAUUUAUCCACAGAAAACGUGUCCAUCAUUGGAUCCGACGACGUUACCACCUGUAUCAUUCUCAUACUCCGGCAUACGGGUAAGUUCUCAUGUAUUUUAUUUACUAUUCUCGUGUUCUGGCGUCAUUUUGUAAUAUAUUUAGUAUAAUUAUAUUAUACAUAUAUAGGUUCCGGAGCCGUUGGGUUCGCUCAUCUGGACGGUUCGUGUACCGAAGAUUGCGUGAUCAACAUGGUGCACAGGAUCCAAGAGCUGUCCAUGGGCUUUCCAGAUGGCCGCCUGGAAAUGUCUCUGAUAGGCGGAUUCACGCACGUGCUGCGCUACAGCGAACAAGUGUUUUAUAGCCUGAUGGGUAAAUUAACUGACCUAAAACCAAACUUGGUGCUAUAUUUAAACCAAAUAAAAUAAAUACUGUGUGUUGUUGUUUACACAGUUGCGGUUCACAAACAUCAAACUGAAAUCGAAUUGGUGUUGGCGUGCGUCGGAGAACUCAAUACAAUUAUGCGGAAUAACGUCCACUGGCCAUUGCUUUAUGGAGCCGGUAUUACUGAUUUUAACGUUUACCUAUAUAAUAUUCUGUUUUCAAUAUUUUCUUCUUAAGCUGCUUAAAAACUGUAAUAUUAAGUAGUCAAGUUAUCCAAUUGUGUCGUUGAAUCUUAUUCUUCUGCUUAUCCCUAGUGAAUGGGGUCAGCUACUCGUAUUCUUACUAUUCACAUCAUCAUUAAUGCCCAUUAAUUUCCAUUUUAUCCCUAUAACUAUUACCACCACUAUCUUGAAAUUUCUCUUUUUCUUAAUAUAAAUAAAUCAUCUCAAUCCAUACUCUUUAAUUUUUCCUAGUAUAUUGCAUUGGUGCGCUGACCAAACUAAUUAAAAAUCCGGUGUCCAUUAGCAUUUGGAAUCCAUUGAGAAUAAAUUUGUUUCAAUUAACUCUUUAGUUGAAUAAAUUUGUCUCAUUACUCGAAUAAAUUAGUUACACUAGUCUAGACAUUUUUUUUCAACAACUAAUAAAGUAUUUCACUAUCCAUCAUUAGGAGUUAUGGUAAAAAGUGGUGAAGUGUUCCCCGCCAACUUUCCUGACAAAGGACCUGAACAACCAUUAAGACUUGCCAGACUAUUCACAGGCUUGCAACCUGUACGUAUAAUACAAUGAUGUGUAAUAUUAAAUUUACUUUAAAAUAUUAUACUGUUUAUUUUUUUUUUUCUACAGGUCUUGGACGUGUAUGAUUGUAAUUUGGGUUUGCUGAGGAUUGGGCCGUUUAACUAUGAACCCAUGCGUAGUGUUGAUCUAUGGCUUCAACAAUCUGACGAAUUCAUUCUGCAAGCAUUGUCUACCACGCCUGACGUAGAACCACCACACACUGUCAUAGCUGUAAGGACUAAAAAAUAUAUCAGAUCCAUGAAAAAUAAUUGGCAUUGAAAUUUAUUAUUUUUGUCUCUUUGGUGUUCAAAAGAUAUUGAAAUGACUUUGAUUUAUUAAUUGUGUUUCUACUACAGUGGCGUUUAGGCUAAAAUUGUUAAAAAAAAAACUUAUUAUAAAAAUUGAAAAAAGCGUACAUCAUUAAUAUAAUAUAAUAUAUGAUAGUUUUUAGAGUUUUAAGAUAGGAAGUGGUAAAAAUAUGUCUAGAAUUCCUAGAUAACUAGAAGAUUCAGAUUAGAAAGCAAGAACAGCCAACUGGGAGAACUCAAGGAUUGGGUGUGUAACGGCUUGUCUUAUUGACCUGUAACUCACAAGAACAAAAAGAAGAUAGUUUUUAAAUUCUAAUUGUAGCAAGGAUGACAAAUGUAUUGGUUUUACUAUCAUGUGUUUUUUUUAUGUUUACCUAUUAACAAUUUCUUUAACAGAAUUUUUGCAUCAUUCAUCAACUUUAGGUGCAAAAGAGAGGUCACUUAUAUUGGUUUUUCUUGUAAUUGUCUUGAUAAUGGAAACAAAACAUCAGAAAAAAAAAUAUACAAUAAUAGUUUAUAUUAUUUUUGAUUUGAUUUUUUUUUGUUCUAAUUCAAUUAAAAAGAAUCUUUCCUAAAAUAACUUUUUAAAAAAAUAUUACAAAAGAUUAAUUUUCAUAUUCAAUUGAAUUAAAAUUAAUAAUAAUGAAACAAUUAGAUUAUUUUUAAAAAAAAAUUAAAUUUUUAACUUGUUUAACAUGACAUGGUUCUUACAAAAAUUGUCCAAUUAAUAUUUAUUUGAAUAGUCUUUUGUUUGCAAUGAUUUAUUGUAGAGUAUGUACAUAAAUUGAAUUAUCCAAUAUCGUACAUUCUCAUCCACUUUCUACCAAUAACAAUAGCCCAACUAUGUUGGUUUUUUCUCCGAUUUUUGCAGUAUCUAUUUUGAUAAAAUAUUUACAUAAAAUAAAUAUACUUUUUACAGAAAAAAUUAAGGAUGCCUAAUGACUUCUAUUUUUAACCCAUAUAAAAAUAAAUAUUUUGAAAUCUCGCAUAUUCUCUAACCAUCCUUGUAUGGCUUUUUUUUUAGUCUAAAACAAAAAUCUAAUAAAAUAUCAUUUUCAACAUUAUAAAUAGUUAGUUUUUUUUUAAACUUGAAAAACUAUGAAUUUAAUUAUUGGUAUUAUCCCGUUUUUAAACAAUUUUUGUGUAGAAGCGUAAAAUACCGAAUACCAAUUAUCUAAUACAUAUAUGCAAUACACGUAAUCAUGAGACCAUUUUAAUUUAAAAGUAAAAAAUUGAUAAUACAUAAUAAAUUUUCAUUAUUUUAUUUUAAAAAUACAAUUUUUGAACAAUUAUUGUAAUAAAUUAUAUAAUAAACAGUUCGUUAAUAAGAGAAGCAGAAACAAUAAUAAUGUAAAACCCUUUUAAUUAUUCUAAAUAUUCUAAAAUGAAUUAUUUUUCAUCCUUGCAUUUUAAAUUUCAGAUACGAGCUUCUUUGAAGUAUGUACAAGAUCAUCCAUUUCCAGCUGUUACAGUGUUCAGGGACAAUCGACCAUUAUAUUACAGACGAGAUGAACAUUCUGGCACGUGGACACCAUUCCGCUAUUGAAAACAUUAUAAUUUAAUAUCACGACAAUCUAACAUGCAAAAUCAUUAGUUUUUCUUCAUUUUUGUUGACUAUCAAAACAUAAAAAGUAUCGGUAAAAACUAAAACGCGUACCACUUUUUUUUGUGAUUUGAAAGUUGUUUCUGUUUUGUGUUUUUUUUUUUUAAAUUUAUUGAGAGAACAUUCCAUUUGUUUGCCUAUUAUUGCGUUUUAUUGAUUAUUACAUUUUUUUUUUGUUAUUUUCUAAGUGCCUUUAUAGUUAAUUAAAUUUUUUUUAAAAUGCUGUUUUUAUAAUUUUUAGGAACUAAUGAGAAUUUUGAUUGAAGUUAAAUAAUGUUAUAUCAUAAGUUUUAAGUGCGGUUAUAUAUUAUUUGAUAUUGUAUGACAACAAUAUUAUAAUCAAAAAAAAAAUUUUUACAAUUAUUUCAUACAUGUGAAUUUUAAUCAAAAUGGAUGUUACGUGUACACUGUACAAUAAUUAUAUUUUUUUAUCAUAAUUGAAUUAGUAAUGUGGCGUUAUUAGUUAUAAUGUUGAUAAUGACCCAAUGUAUCUUUAAAGUCAUCAGGUAUUGAUAAUAAAAUAUUACUUUUGUAUUGCAGUGGAACAUCAAUGAUUAAGAAAUCAUUUAUCAUAGUAUGGUGAUCAAAACAUGACCAAAAUUAAUGAAUUCAAUUUGAAAUCUGUGAAAUGUAUACUUUCAAUUGGUGUAAAUGAUUAUGAACAUAUUAUUAAUUGAAUAUUUGUAUGGCUUUCUUAAAAAAAAAAAGCUGGUGUAAAUCAUUGCAAAUCUGCUUGUAAAUGAUUAUAAACAGUGUAUACCCUAUCAAAUAUUUGUUAUUUGUCUGUAAUAAUUU